ACCUGUUAGGUUUAUGGUUCAGAUAGUCAUGAGGGAUUAGCCCAAAAUAUAGAACUGCUAAGUUCUUAGAAUAUGAAUCAAUGGAAUUGUUCUUAAUGCAUGUGUUCUAGAAUAGCUAACUAGGACCUUGCCUAUAGAUAUUAGGGCGCAAGCGGAAGCUUGGUUCUUUGUCUGAAUUAAUUUACAUUAUGCUAAGAUUGCUAGAAACAAGCGGAAGCUGAUUUAGGAAUCCUAGUGAACUUAUCAAACCUGUUUACCUGUUCGCUAAAGCUUGCUAGAAGGAUCGUCGAUCGACAACUCUGUAGUUUUAUCAAUCGACGAUCUGAAAGGUGUAUGGAUCGACAGUUGAUAGCGUCGAUCGACACUUUCUCAAGAUCAAUAUGCGAGAGUUGAGAUCUUAGAUCUAGUAAUAGAUAAUCUAAACAUGCGAGAGUUGAUAGAUAUUGCUUAGUUUGAGUUCUAGAAUAUCCAACCUUAGUCUCUAUACUAGUAUAAUCCUGACUGACUGAAUAGAAACCCUAAGUCUAGCAAACCAUCCUUCAAUCAAACCUCAAUCAAUCAGCCGAGCAACUGCCUUGCUCACCAUUGCAAUUUACAUUAAAACUAUUAGCCUAACUUAAUCAUAUAACUAUUAGAUCUAUUGUGUGCCCUAGUUCUCUGUGAAUUUGAUCCCUAAGUACUACAACUCGACCUCUUAUUUGAGAGAGUAUAAAUCACUCAUUAGGGUAAUUUGAGUGAUAUCAAUACAAGAUACCCGAACUGAAUCGGGUAAUAUGAUUAUUUUGGGUACUAUUAUCCGAACCCGUUUCAGAUACAUUUCGGCUAUUUUCAAUUUCCUUUACAUCAUAACCGAACCCACCCGGACCCGGGAGGAUCCGACUAAACCCGACCCGAAAUUUUGUAAUAUCCGAAUGAGGUCUAAUUUCUAAACCCGAGAAACUCGAUACUCAAAUGAACCGAUCCGUACCCGAACGGGUACCCGAAUGCCCAUGUCUAAUGAGAUGAGUAGCUGUCAAAAGGUCAACGGUUGCCAUUUAUUCUUUGUUUCUCAAAAAGUCCACGGUUGCCAUUUAUUCCUUGUUUUGACCUUGAAAAGGUAUUCGUAUCUUUUAUGCAUUCAGAUCUAAGGUCUUUCAUAUCGAAGAGGAAAAUCUAGCAUUUUUUGCCUCGAAAUCAGAGUCUUUAAAUGGAACCGAUGGUGAAAAAGCUGAAACAAAAACUGAGAUUUGGAUCUUCUAGGAACAUGGAAGACAAGUGGUUCUUGGAGAAUGGAAGCAUCUUGCUAAAAGAACUUAUCGCUGAUUGCAACGGUAAAUCAGUUCCUAUACGCAGCUUUUCUUCUUAUCAGAUCCUUCAAGCCACCAAUAACUUCCAUUUCAGUUGUCUUAUCACCAAUGAGAGGAGCCAUAAUUGGUAUAAAGGUAUCAUCCAAGACAAGUCUUACUUUAUCAAAAGAUUCCAGGAGUAUAAGAUUACAGGAGACAGAGUGGGCGAGGUUUACAAUGACAUUGUCUUGUCUGCUAAGAUGAGCAACCAUAACAACUUUCUUAGACUAUCUGGAUGCUGCCUCGAGUUUAGUCUCCCGGUUCUCGUGUUUGAAAAUGCAGCACUUGGGGUUCUGAAUGAGCGAGGAGGUAUUAUGGUUGAUGGGGAGGAAUUUAUAUUGCCAUGUAGUGUAAGGUUGAAGAUUGCAAAGGAGAUUGCAAAUGCUGUGACUUAUCUUCACAUGGCCUUCCCUAAGAUCAUCAUACAUAGAGUUGUUAUGCCAAGAAACAUCGUCUUGGACAGGAACUUGACCGCCAAGUUUUCCGAUCUCUCAAUGUCCAUAACUCUCCCAGAGGGAAAAUCAAGAUUAGAAGUUGAUUCGGUCAUUGGAUCACUUGGGUACCUUGAUCCAUUGUACGCGUACACAAAAGUAGUGACAGAAUAUACGGAUGUGUACAGCUUUGGAGUUUUGUUGAUGGUUUUCCUCACUGGCAAACCAGCUCUUGUCUCCACUAGCUCUGGUGGCGACCCCCAAGGUAUUAUUAGCUAUGUGAAAGCUUUAUAUGAGAAAAGAAAACUCGAUGAAGUAAUUGAUCCAAUGAUAAUGAAAGACAUCACAAGUGCUCAAAAAUUGACGCUUGAAUCGUGUAUUGCACUUUCUCUGAGCUGCUGCGAGGAGAGUGAUGAAGAUAGACCGAGAAUGAUGCAAGUAGCUAAAGAACUCAAACGGAUCCACACAUCAUUUUAGAGAUCCUCUGAUCUUUGGACUACAAAACGAAAGUUUGAAAGUCAUUUCCGUUUGAAGAUAGCAUGGAACUCAGAUUAAUAAAACAAACCUGGUAAAGAUUAGUUAGAAUAAUGUUAUUUGUAUUUGUAUAGGAGUUAUUCUUGGGUAGGAUGAACCUCUAGGUUCAUCAACCAAUAAAAUUUCAUUAUUUUAAGUUCGAUAAAGAAACAAAAU